AUGAAUGCGUACGCGCCAGAGGGGAGCCCUUACGGGUACGGCCCUUCCAGGCUGUCGCCUCCGGCCCCGAGCCCCAGCGGCAAGACUCUUGUGGAAGGAUAUCGUAAAGACAUCCUCACUGGUUUUGAGAAGGAGCACCCUCGUUAUAAUCCAAUGAACCCAGAUCGCCCCCAGAGCUCCGUUCUAGUCGACCUCAAAGACCCGAUCCAAGUACAUCUCCUCACCGAGACGGCCCUCUCCGACAGCAAGAAAUUCGAGAUCCUGUCGCAGGAGGAGGUGGACGACCUGAAGAAGCAAUGCCAAUCCCUGACCCAGCGAGUUGAGUCGACAAGACAGAACUUGACCAUCCAAUCGAAAUACCGCGAUGCUGCCAUCUCCAUGGCGAGGCUAUACUCCCCUGGGAAAAUAGAAGGGAGGCGGAGGAGCUUGUUGGGUCGGAAUAGUGGUGGCGACCAUGCUCGUGCUAAGGAGGCCGAGGCCGAACGACAGGCGAGCGAGCGGAAAUGUGAAGAACUGGCUGCCGAGCUGUUCAAUCUCGAGAAACGAUUGAUGGAGCCUCAACGGCGUCUCCUGGAACACACGGCCGGAAUCCUCCAGUUGACGCACAAGGUUUCCAAGAAGAAGGGCCAAACACCACCGAACCAACCCGUGAACGGCAUGCCUGGGAGCCCAGAGAGCCUAUAUACUUAUACCCGAAAUAGCAUGGACCAUCCUGCCGACGACAAUUAUUUCAACGACAACUAUGGUUUUGGUCAUAUGGACGAGUUUUCAAGGGGACAGCCUCGCCAGAAUGCUAUCGAGAUCCCCCUCAAGUCGCCAAUCAGGGAGCAGAACCAGCUCAAGGAAGAGAUGGAGAAGAUGCGGGAUGAAAACACACAAUUAAGGAGCCAAACGGACACUUUAGUCAGAUCGAUAUCUGAUAUGGAGACAAGGUUGGAGAACCUCAAUGGCUCAUUGCGGGACGCCAUCGUUCGCUUCAACCCCUCCAAGAAUGACGAGUAUCUGGAGCCGCCGUUUGGAGUUCCAGGAAUGGAGCCUGGAGAGAUGCUCAGGAAUCAGAUGGAUUACCUGGAGAUGGGUCUUGUUGCUAUUGAAGCGGAACAAGACUCAACCAAUGAGCAUGGCAAGGUGGACGAAAAGAUUGACCAACGGAUCGAGGCGUUGAACAGACAAGUGCGAGAGCUUCUCCUGACCGUGGAUCCUGACUACCCCAUGGCACCUCAAUCAGCCAAGGGUGAUACCGAUGCGCAGUUUGCCUACCUCGAGGAUGCCUUGCGAGCUGCAGACUCAGAGCUGGAGCGAGCUGUGCGGGCAGCUUCGGCCGGCAUGCCAGCUGGCCAGGACAAUGACCAGGUGGAAAGGGUCUUGAUGGGUCUAUGGGAGAUGAUGCAAUCUGGAUUUGCAAAGAUUAAGAAGGAAAAGGAGGAACGCCGGAGAGCUCGCAUGGAGAAGGGUUAUCAAGACGAAGAGAUUUCCGACGACGAGUUCGAUGUGGAUGAGCCGUUCACCAUUUCUGGCUUCUCCAACCGUGUUCAAUGGCUCUAUUCCCAGGCCACCACGCUCAAGGACCAGAAGUCGGUGCUCAAGCGACAGAUCAAGCAGCAGCGUGAGCUGAACAACAAAUCUGACGCUGAGAAGGACGAGGAGAUCCAGAGGAGACAGGAGGAGCUGGAAGAGACCCAGCUUCUACUCGCCCGCGCCGAGAGAGACGCCAUGACCGCCCAGACGAUGCUCUCCGAGACACUGGAGGAACUCGAGCACGCUCGCACAACCUCCACCAACAAUAUCGGCCGUGGGCCCGAGGCUGAGGAGAGCAGCAAGAAGGUUGCAGCUCUUGAGGCUGAUGUGAAGCGGCUUCAGACUGAUCUGGCUGGUGCGGCUGGCGCAGCCGGUGCAGCACACGCCCAGGUCGAAGAGCGCGACGAGAAGAUUGCAGAUCUGGAAGCAGAUCUCAAGCAGCUCCAGGCCGAUCUUGCUGGCGCCGCAGCGGCUGCGGGUGCUGCUCAGUCCCAGAUCGAGGACCGCGAAAGCAAGAUUGCUGCGCUUGAAUCGGAACUGGAAUACCUCGAGACUGCCAACGCCCAGAUCGAGGAGCGCAACCAGAAGAUUGCCGCGCUUCAGACUGAAGUCCAACAGGCCAAUGUUGCUCAUGGCCAGGUCGAAGAACGCAAUGCCAAGAUCGCCGCCCUUGAGGCUGAGAUCCAACAAGCCAACGCUCUGCGAGACGAAGUCGAGGAGCGCAAUGCCAGAAUCGCCACUCUGGAAGCAGAGAUUCAAAAGGCCAAUGCCCUUCGAGAUCAGCUCGACGAGCGUAACGCCAAGAUUACUAUCCUGGAAGCCGAGGUUGAGCAUCUCAACGCUCUCCAAGAAGAGGUCCAGGAGCGCAAUGCCAAGAUCGCUGUCCUCGAGGCCGAAACCCAGCAGACCAACGCUCUCCGAGGCCAGACCGAGGAGCGUGAUGCCAAGAUUGCCGCCCUUGAAGCUGAGCUACAGAAGGCUAGUGCUGCAGAGGCUCGACUCGAGGAGCGGAAUGCUAGGGUCGCCCACCUCGAGUCUGAUAUGGAGCUUCUCCAGGCUGACUUGGCUGGAGCUGCUGGAGCCGCCGGAGCCGCCCAGGCUCAGAUUGAGGAGCGCAACCAGAAGAUUGCGGCUCUUGAGGCCGAGUUGAAGCAGCUCGAGGCAAACCUGCUUGUUGCCGAGUCUUCAAGCAAGGCCACCAGCAACCAGUUGACCGGCGUGGAUUCUGUAAUCGAUGCGCUCAACGCACAGCUCGACGAGACGACCAGGGCGAAGAACAAUGCGGAAGAGUCUGCCCGUUCCUUGAAGCAACAAGUGAGCACGCAGAAGGAGGAUAUCGCAGCAAAGAAGAAGGCGCUCAAGGUCAAGGAGGACGAACUCGAGCUUCUUAACAUGAACCUCGUGGAGAUGAAGACGGAACUCACCAUUGCUCAGGCCGAGCUGGACGGCGCCUACGGAUCACGCGCGGAGCGUGCCGCUGACGUUGCCGCCAUCAAGACCAGCGGAGAGGUGAUGAAGCUCCAGAACCAGCUCACAAGACUCAAGAACGAGCUCUCCGGAACCGUGCAGGAGCUAGAGGAAGUGACAAAGGAGACGCUGAGUGCCGAGCGCGAGAAGAUUGUGCUCGAGAACAAGCUUGAAGACGUCCUAUCGACAAAGUCUGGCCUUGAAAGCGAGUUGACGAAGCUGCGUGGGCGACUCGAGUCCGAAAUGGACAAGGCGAACGAACAGAUCAGCAAGCUCCAGGAGGAGCUGGAUGGUGAACGUCUGAAGGCGAUACCCCCUACGGGCGGAACUGGCCGGGGAGCGUCUAUGUUGAGUGAGCAGUUCCGAGCCAUGAUGAGGGAAGAGAGGAAGAAGUUCCAGGAGAACAUGAAGGAGGAGCGUGCGAGAUACCGCCAGCUUGAAGAAGAGCUCGCAAAGCUGAAGCGUUCCCAGGGAUCUGAUAAGAACUCGCUGAGUCCACCAUGA